AUGGGUGACGGGGCUCUGGGCUCGGACCACAUCAAUUACUUGAUCCUCCGCUAUCUACAAGAAGCAGGACACGAGAACGCUGCCAAAGCCCUGCACCAGGACUGGCAUCGUCCGCAAGAAUAUGGCGACCCCGAGAAGCUGCCCUUUGCUCCUCUGGUCAAGCAGCACGAGCUGGUACACAUCAUCCAGGACGCCAUCUUCCACGACCAACUGCUGGCCCAAGUCACCAACCAGUCGCGACGCUUCAACUUGACCACCAGACAAUUUGCUCACCGCGCCUCGACCGACAGACGCCCUUCUACGAAUCAGCAUGACUUCCCCCUCCCUCCAGCCAAACGCUCACGCAAGAGCAACGACGAUCUCAACCCAGAUAGCAUGCAGAUCGACCAUACACCCCAAGACGACCAUCAAGACGCAGAUGGCCAGCCAACACCGGACGCCAACGAGCCGGACCAUAUUCCUACCACCUCGUCUGCCACGCAAACUGACAAGAAGCUCAAGUCAAAGUCCGAGACCAUGUACUGGGCCUUGGACCAACCCGACGCAAACAUCAUGCAUGCUCUUUGGAACCCCCAGCUCUCCCAGUCCACUCGCUUGCUCACUGUAGGCGAGUCCCUGUGCCGCUUCUACGACCUGCCACACCAGACAAAGAACGGCCUUCAGCGUGCUCACCACACCGACGCCGAGACCAUGCCCAAAGGUUCCGUCAUCACAGCUGCCUGCUGGCAUCCAUCCGGCCGAUAUGCUACCUGUGCCCUCGACUCCACCCGUCGCUUACCGGGAGGUGGUCAUGAAUCUGUGAGAUCCAUGUUUGAUGCCACUGUACAAGGCACCAAAAGGUUUUAUGAUCUCCAUGGUUAUCUGCUCCAGCAUUCUGCCAUCAUUGUCGCUUUGCGCUACAACAACUCUGGCACACGCCUGCUGAGUGUUUCAACAAAUAUGAAACGUGGUCUGGUUGAGAUCUGGGAUGCCAGUCAAUCCGGUACUUCACUAGAUCCUGUAGCUGUCAAGCUCUUCAAUCAGCCUGUCAUCGAUGCCGUCUGGGCUUCUGAUGACUCGAUCGUUGUAUGUGGUGAGAACCGUCUCGAUUUCUAUCAGAUCCACGAUGCUUCGCUGCCCAAUGGUGCUGAUGCGAACGGCGACUCAUUUGCCUCUACUGGCACCAGAAACUUUGCUUUACAGUAUUCGCAUCCCACAGACAAGCAGUGGGACAAGGUACGCUAUGACCCUGUGAACGGUGUUGUUGCUGCAACUUCAUCGUCUGAUGAUUGCACCAUAUUGCUCGCCAAGACUAGCCCUCGAUGGGUUCCCCUGUCCGGCUUUCCUGCGGAAGGUCCUGCCAGCAAACGUGCCACUGCCAUGGCAUUCCAACCAGUUGACACUGCAAACGAUGCUGGUUUGACAUUACCAAGACGCCUCGCCGUAACUCACGACUCUGGGCUCGUGAGAGUCUACAGCGUCGCACCCAACUUGUGCGAGACCCUGCACGAGUUUACCAUGGGCCCCCACGAAGCUGCGUUAGCUUUGUCAUGGUCGCCUACAGGUUCUUGUCUUGCUGUGGCCAGUGAGGAGGCUGUAAAGAUCUGGGACCUCAACGCUGGAUCUGUACCUCUGCUCACGUGGCGAGCCGCUGCGACACAUUGGUAUCAAGGUGAUGAGAACAACUUGCCCAAUGGCGAUGAAACGGGCGAUGAACCAAGUCUGAAUUGGGAUGCCGAAGGUAAAAGACUAGUGUUCGCAGUGGGCCGUAAAAUGGCCGCUAUACGUCUGCUGAUGCCUUCCAAAACUGCCAUAACAAAAGACGAGUUCGGGGUUGCAGACUGA